UAUGUAAUGUAGCAUAGAGCAUCGCGAUGCUUUAUUUGAAUAAGAUUAGGGUGAUGUUGAACUUUGAUCUCAAGCAGGAUGAGAGUGACGUUGAAGGAAUCCACAAGAAUGUAACGAGUGAAAACGAUCGAUGCUGUCUCUGCAAACAGUGUGAUAAAUAACUGCCAUGCUCGCGAUACUGAACAGCUGAUAAAGAUGCACCUUUAGUAACGUUUGACUCAUUGUUUUCCUCAUGCGAUUUUGAAGCGAUAUUUAACUAUUACGCACAAGUCCAGUAUCCGUUGUGCGUUGGAAGGCAGUGAUGUGUCCAUAGUUUCUGUAUUUUUACGUCUACUUAAACGAAAUCCAUGGAUCGGUGAAAUUCAUAAAUUCAGAGUCUGACGAUUGAAGUGAUUUAUUUGUUACCUACAUUUCUGAAAUUUAUUAAAAUCGGAAGAUGGCUGCAUUUAUCUUUGCACUUGCAAUUUUCUCUUCAAUCUCCACUGCAUUUUCCAAUGUCAUUUAUUAUCAACCAGAAGCUGUGCAUAUUGCCUAUGGGGAUAACAUUCAUGAUAUUGUCGUCACUUGGAGCACAAAAAGCAAUACAGGAGAGUCUAUAGUGGAAUAUGGAAUAGGAGGAUAUAUUCUAAGUGCGAGUGGAAAUGCUACGCUAUUUACUGAUGGUGGGAAUGAAAAGCAAAAGCAGUAUAUACACAGAGUAUGGUUGAAGAAUUUAACACCCGACAGCAAAUACAUGUACCACUGUGGUAGUAAAUAUGGUUGGUCAAAUGCUUUUUACGUGAGAACUGCUCCUGAAGAUUCUGCGGAAUGGUCACCACAAAUUGUUAUCUUUGGCGAUAUGGGUAAUGAGAAUGCUCAGAGCUUAGCAAGGUUACAGGAAGAAGCACAACGCGGACUAUAUGAUGCAGCAAUUCAUGUUGGAGAUUUUGCUUAUGACAUGGACACUAGUAAUGCACGUGUUGGAGAUGAAUUUAUGAAUCAGAUAGAAGGAGUUGCUGCUUAUAUACCUUAUAUGACAGUAGCUGGAAAUCAUGAAGAGAAAUACAACUUUAGUAAUUACAGGGCUCGUUUUACAAUGCCAGGAGAUAGUGAGGGUUUAUGGUAUAGUUUCAAUGUAGGCCCUGUUCAUUUCAUUGGUAUAGAGACGGAAGCAUAUUACUUUCUGAAUUAUGGCUUGAAACAGCUCAUUAAACAGUAUCAAUGGCUAGAAAAAGAUUUAGUAGAAGCCAAUAAACCUAUGAACAGAGAAAAACAACCAUGGAUAGUAGCAUAUGGUCACAGACCAAUGUACUGUAGCAAUUUGAACGGGGAUGAUUGUACAAAUCAUCAGAGUCUCAUUAGAGUUGGAUUGCCAUUUUUUAAUUGGUUCGGACUCGAAGAUCUCUUUUAUAAACAUAAAGUAGACUUGCUACUAUGGGCUCAUGAGCAUAGCUACGAACGUAUGUGGCCCAUGUACAAUUUCAAGGUACAAAAUGGUAGUUACGAAGAACCGUAUAAGAAUUACAAGGCACCUGUACACAUAGUAACUGGAUCGGCCGGAUGCAAGGAAGGUAGAGAAAACUUCGUCCCGAAUAAACCUGAAUGGUCUGCAUAUCGUAGCUCAGAUUAUGGUUACACAAGGAUGAAGGCAUAUAAUCGGACUCAUCUAUAUCUUGAACAGGUAUCUGAUGAUAAGGAUGGUGCCGUGUUGGAUCAAGUUUGGCUCAUAAAGGACGAGAUUUUCCCGGCGUACAAUAUAAAUCACCUUGCAAACAAACUGUAGAGCACGUUUCAGGAGAAAAGUAAUUGAAAUAAUUACAUAGACAUAUCUUUUUAGUUAUCAUUUUUUCUCGUUCGACAAAAUGUACCACGCUGUUUUAUGGUAAAUAGCAAAAAGUCUAUAGCUAUAAACUUCAAACAAUCGA